AUGCUUCCGGUGUUUCAUGGGAAACUGUUUGUGCAAGUCGGGACGACGGUAGCAGACGAUGACGGCACUCCGUUGACGCUGACGACACGGGUCCAGCGCUUGUCGACAGCAGCUCUCACCUUCCUGACGAGAAUCGUCAACACGCAUGGGCCUGAACUGAAGGCCUCCGACCAACAAGAAGAUGCUGAUUUUUCGGCUUUCGGUGACGUUAUCGAAGCCCUAGAAAACGACGUUUUCGAUGACGAUAUUCUUGAAGACCGUUGCCUGGUUUCUUCCAUCCUGAAAUUGUGGGAUUUCGGAGAAACAUUUGAUAGCGUCACUGACGAGGACGUUGUGCGAAAAAUUGAUGACGCUUAUCAUCGCAGGAUCAAAACUCCGAGCAGCAUCCACGACGUUAAGCUGAUUGUUUCAGGAUUCAAAUUCGACUCGACCGGGAAGAUAGUCGGAGCAAAUGCGUUGAUGUCUUCUUACCUGUUGAAGGAUGAUGCUACAGUUAUACCCGGGGAAUUCAUGCUGCGAGAUGAGAGAGCUGAGCUCUGGGAAAACGAGUUUAUCGACAUUCUUCAAAGAGCAGGAGAAGAAAUGAAUGGAAAAGAGGAAGUCGUUGUUUCGCAAUUUGCCGGAAGAAGUUUUGCGGAUGGGAUGGAGAAAGUUAAGACUGAAAACAUAAAUUUUCUUUUUGCUGGUUUCGCCAUUAUCGCUGUCUUCGUCUGCGUCACUUUCGGACCAAUGAAUUUGCUGGAGAAUAGGGUUUAUUUGGCGAUUGCUGCAAUGGGACUGGUUGGCCUCUCCAUUCACACGACCUUCAGCAUUGCAAUGUUAAUUGGACUUGAGUUCAGUGUUUUGCACAGCACAGUCCCAUUUUUAUUGCUUGGUGUGGGUAUCGAUGAUGCCUACGUCAUUCUACAGACACUGGAUAAUUUGCGAGGAACAAUGCCUCCAGAAUCGUCGAUCAGCCAAUUUAUUGCAAAGGCUUUAUCGCGAUCUGGAGUUUCCAUCACUGUGACUUCAUUGACUGACAUUUUUGCCUUCGCCAUUGGGGCAACAGCGCCGGUGCCGGUGAUGCGAUCGUUUUGUUUAUACUGCUCGAUCGGAAUCUUUGUGGUAUACAUUUUACAAUUGGGGUAUUUCCUGCCUUUGGUAUAUUUUGAUGAAAUGAGACGAGCAGCCAACAGGAACGGGUUGUGGUUCAGCAAACUGUCAGACAACUACAAAGCUUGGAAAAUCUGCAAUGGGGACAAUGGACCUUUGGAUUAUUUAUUUGUGAAAUUGGGCAACUUUUUGUCUACUACUUCCGGAAAGAUAUUGGCACUGUCUGCUGGAGUGGUUCUUCUCGCAGUCAACAGCUACGGAGCUUCGCAAAUCGAUCACAAUUUCGACCGAUAUUGGUACUUGGCAGAUGGCUCGUAUCAAAAACAAUUCCUUCUCGACCUCAGCAAUUAUUUCCCGGAUUCCAGCUUCAAGGCAGAGCUUUACAUCGAGCCUUAUCCGACGGAUGAAGAAGAAUUCAAGGAUGAGCUGAGAACGUUCCUGGUAAACACUAAAGAUGGAAUAAUUUACCUCAACGACAUCCGAUACAAAGGAAACAUCCUCGGGGAGUACAACAUAACGGCCUCGAGAAUUUCUUACCGAACUGUGGAAAUGCACAAUGGUACUGCGAAGUACAAAACCUUAGAUGACCUGAUUGGCAUUGUUGAACACACGAAGUUUGCUACUGGCGAUAAAUUCAUCGGAUUUGCUUCGGUCGAACUGCAAUCAUGGACUGUCAACAGGGAAAUUAUGACAUCGUUACCGUACAGUUUGGGACUGACUUUACUGGGAGUUCUCGUCGUCAUUUUGCUGAUGCUGGGAAACAUUCGAGUGUCUUUGCUCAAUUUCCUUUGCGUCCUUCUCACACUCGUAAACGUUAUUGGCACAAUGCACUUCUGGGGCUUGACACUCGAACAUAUGACGUCUCUGCUCCUCAUUAUUUCCAUCGGUCUCGCGAUCGAUUAUUCCUCGCAUAUCGGACACAAAUUCUUGACCACUUUCGGCGACGGAGACGAAAGGGCAAGAGAAACCCUUAGGACGAUGGGACCAGCAGUUUUCAAGGGCGCUCUGAGCUCAUUUUUGGCGUUCGUCUUGUGCUCUUCAACAAGCAGCUACAUUUUUAUGAUUUGGUUCCAGGUAAUUACAUGCGUGACGGCGUACGGAACCUUCCACGGAUGCGUGGUGAUGCCUGUGUUGCUGAGCUUGUUGCACCCUCCGGCGAUUUCCGUGGAUGGGGAAGACGAGUGUGAAGAAGAGAGGGGCAGAGACCCGGACCCGGAAGUCGGUAAAGCCGAUAGGUUGCGCCGGAAGCAAGUGAACGAGGUGCUAGCGUUUGUGGACCUGAAAUCCUCGCCCGGGGCAGUAACUCCAAUCUUACGCCCGCGGAUACAAAUCAGAGACAGCGUCAUCUCUACUGCGUCCAUGAACCUUGACAGCCAAGAGCCUGUCUUGAUAAACGAGGACAAAUUCUCGCUGUCCGAAUGGCUCAAGGGGAAAAGAGGAGCCAAGUACCGUUUCGAAGUGUCCCCAAGUUCGUCUCGCACAGACUUGAGCAAACAUUCGCCUGCAUGCAUCAGGGCGAGCGACGGUUCGUGGGAAAAUGUCCCAGAGACAGCAACCUCGUCGUCAUCCGCGUCCACUGUUGCCUUAGGCUCGUGGACCAACAGUCAAGGCUUGGACAGGGUUGUGUCCCACACGUGUCCUCGUUGCAAGAGCACGGCCAUGCUCGCCAUACUGCCUGCCGAGGAAAAGAGGGCGAGCGACGGUUCGUGGGAAAAUGUCCCACAGACAGCAACCUCGUCGUCAUCCGCGUCCACAGUUGCCUUAGGCUCGUGGACCAACAGUCAAGGCUUGGACAGGGUUGUGUCCCACACGUGUCCUCGUUGCAAGAGCACGGCCAUGCUCGCCAUACUGCCUGCCGAGGAAAAGAGCUUGUUGCACCCUCCGGCGAUUUCCGUGGAUGGGGAAGACGAGUGUGAAGAAGAGAGGGGCAGAGACCCGGACCCGGAAGUCGGUAAAGCCGAUAGGUUGCGCCGGAAGCAAGUGAACGAGGUGCUAGCGUUUGUGGACCUGAAAUCCUCGCCCGGGGCAGUAACUCCAAUCUUACGCCCGCGGAUACAAAUCAGAGACAGCGUCAUCUCUACUGCGUCCAUGAACCUUGACAGCCAAGAGCCUGUCUUGAUAAACGAGGACAAAUUCUCGCUGUCCGAAUGGCUCAAGGGGAAAAGAGGAGCCAAGUACCGUUUCGAAGUGUCCCCAAGUUCGUCUCGCACAGACUUGAGCAAACAUUCGCCUGCAUGCAUCAGGGCGAGCGACGGUUCGUGGGAAAAUGUCCCAGAGACAGCAACCUCGUCGUCAUCCGCGUCCACUGUUGCCUUAGGCUCGUGGACCAACAGUCAAGGCUUGGACAGGGUUGUGUCCCACACGUGUCCUCGUUGCAAGAGCACGGCCAUGCUCGCCAUACUGCCUGCCGAGGAAAAGAGCCCCGAGGGUAAAGACGAAGGCAACGGUCGAGAAACAACCAACACAGCGGAUGAUAACAAAACUUCGCGCAUCUGCCGCAGUCACAUAGUAAAGGCGUGCAAGUGUGGAUUAUUGAGCAAUGAUCUCAAUUGCAACAAAAGUGACAAAAAGGAAGAAGACAGUUCUGAAGAUUCGGUGAGCUCAGGACGCGGAAGUUCGCAGGAUUCCAUAAAUGCCCUUCCAACGAACACCUCUGACACGGAUGCCAACGACCAGGAAGAAAAGAACGACGACGACAAACCGAAUGCUAUGAAAAGCCACGAGCAAGUCUGAUGAUUGUGGCCAAGAAAUAUUCCGUCAUCAUUUGUUUACUGUAUUCUGGAAAGCCCGAGGUUCUUUUGUCCAGUUUUGAGGAGGAAAACGACGCAUAUAUUUCGUUCACAUUUUUUUUUUUAAACAAAGGCAUUCUAUCUGUCCCGUGCGGUGUAUGCCUUUCUUGCAGCUGUGUUGAUUACUGUAUAGUCAAAGCCCAUCGAUCGCUCGAGGAAUAAGAAUAAUCACAAUCACAAUGCUGCUUGUGUAUUGACAGGAUUUAAAAUUGUAAACAAAAUCUUGCCUUCGCUUUACAAUUCCAACGAGUCGAAAAAGAUUACCAAAUCUGUUCGGAGUGUUUAUUCGGCCAAGUAACUCCCUGGUUGACGCAUGAUAAGUUGAGAAAAUUAUUCCCUGUGAAAGGCUGAGAGACAAACGGUAAUUUUAGGACAAGAAAUUCCAAUUUAUUACGAUUUCUAAUUUGAUUUCAGUUCUCGAAAAAGCUCGUGAAAAUCACUUGCAAAAUGUCUCGUGGAGAUGCACGAGCAUCAACAUUUCCGAAGAAUAAUUUUAAAUCAAAUUUUACAUGUCGUGGUUUAGAACUUGGCAUGAACUAAAUAUGCCUGAAGAGUGUAACUGUAUACAGAGAUUCUAUAAUCGUGUGAACGGUGAGAAAGAGAGGGGAUAUCUUGUCUCAGUGUAGUCAGUUAUGAUGCAGCUGUCUGAACGAAAUCCGCCGAAUUUAUCCCAUUUCUGGAAUGAGCUUUCUUUUCAAUUUCGACAAGAAUAGGUUUUUUUUUCUCACGUGGUUCGGGCACGGGUGACAUUGUACAAAGAGUAUGCCAUAAUAUGUCAUCAUAUCAACUCGACUUUUCGUUGUUAUUUUGUGCACGUCAGCGAGUGUAAAUACCCAACAUUUUCUGUAAACGGUUUGAGCUUCUCAUCGAAAUACAACCAAAACCAUGCUUA